AUGGAGGAGGAGGAUAUUAAGCCUAACGUCACGCUUGUCUCAAGUGACAACAUGGAGUACUCCAUUUCCAAGGAAGCCGCUAUGGUUUCCCCUACUCUAAGAGUUAUGCUGGAGGGGCCUUUUAAAGAGAAGAGUGGUCGAGUAGAGCUACCUGGUAUUGAAGGGAAUGUGCUGGCUAGAGUGGUUGAUUAUUUGCAAUACAACUUACAGUACAAGUUUGCCAACAAGGAUCAAGAAGACAUACCUGAAUUUGAGAUUCCUACAGAGAUGGCAUUGGAAUUACUGCUAGCAGCUGAUUAUUUGAACGUAUAA